AUGGCAUUCUUCCAGCAUGUCUUCCAUUACUACACACGGAAAACAACGUCUGCUCGAGCGUUCCUGGCAGAGCUUGCCACCACUCCCAGCAGCAAUGUGUCCUCAGCAGCGAAUCAAAGUGGAUCAGCAACAGUGUCGCCAGAUACCAGCCGUAUAAGUAACCUGGCUGGAAGUAUUGUUUCAUUGAGCGCCAGUGCCUUCUUUGCCUUCACUGUGGUGUUGGUCAUCUACUACUACUUUGAAGUGUACUCGAAGCGCACAACGGAUGGGCGGAGGAUUCUCACUCACGAAAACGGUGGCCGUGGUGACAACGGCAGUAGUGCUGGAAGCCCGCCCAUGAUUCAUGUCAUUGAAGGCAUUCCGAUGCACUACUCUGCAGCAUCACCGACGCAACAUGAAUCGACUGAGGAGGUGGCGUCGCUGCGGCGACUGGCGCAAGCCUCCCCAGCUGUCAUUCCUCAAGGUUCUUCGGUGUCCGUCGCGUAUCACGUGCACUCGAGAGGACGGGACAGGGAAAUCCGCAUGCGCACCUUGGACGCCGAUCCGCACGUCUUUAAUCCAUUUUCAUUGCCAUCAAGCUCCGUGGAGGCGCAGCCAUGCGCGGGCCAUAUUGUGGAAGCAGGCGAGGGGGAGCAGCAGCUCUUAGGCGGAGAGGAGGCAUUGAAGCGGCUUGAUUACGGGUCGGCGAUGUACUACAGUCGCCCUGUCGAGGAGCCCCAGCACAAGGAUAGCAGCGAAGAGGACGAGAGCGACGACGUAGUCACCUUCCGCGAUGAUUCCGAGAAUCCACCAUCAGGCAAGUAA